CGUGUGUGCCUCAACCCUGCCAUCCGCCACCACACCACCAACAAACCGCCACCAUGGUGCAGCGUCUCACAUACCGUCGCCGUCACUCCUACAACACCAAGAGCAACCGCACGCGGGUUGUGAAGACCCCCGGUGGUCGCCUGGUGUUCCAGUACCGCAAGAAGCAGGGUUCCAUCCCCAAGUGCGGUGACUGCCACUCCACCCUCAGCGGCAUUCGCGCCAUGCGCCCCUACCAGAUGAGCCGGGCGACCAAGCAACAGAAGACAGUGCAGCGUGCCUACGGUGGCUCCCGGUGCCACCAGUGCGUCCGCAACCGCAUUGUUCGUGCUUUCCUCAUUGAGGAGCAGAAGAUUGUGAAGCAGGUCCUCAAGUCCCAGGCCCAGUCCAAGGCGGCCAAGAAGGAGAAGAAGGAGGUGAAGAAGGCCAAGCAGCAGAAGAAGACCACCAAGAAGACCAAGUAAGCCGACCACCCAAGCCGAGUCGUCGUGUUUGUUAAGCGUGUGUGUUGGUGAGCUGGGUCUGCAUUUGGAUUUGGCAACCUUUUUUCUCUCGUCCCUCUCUUCUGCUCUGUCUUUUGCCUUGUGCUUCUUGUGUGGCCGCGUCACAUCACGUGCGCGCCAUCACAUAGUACACAUGCAUCACUAAGAGAGUCAUUCAAGUCAGUCGCAGC